UCAUUUCUUGUUCCUGAUUCCAGCGAUGGCGGCUGCUGAUCUGAGAGACGAGCUGAGCUGCUCCAUCUGCCUGAGCAUUUAUACUGAUCCGGUAUCCCUGCCCUGUGGCCAUAACUUCUGCCGGGGCUGCAUUGGGAGAACAUGGGACACCCAGGAGGAGACUUUCCGUGAAAAUCCUUCUUGCCCUGAAUGCAGACAGAGAUUUAAAAGGAAACCUGAACUGGCAACAGAUUGGAAGCUGCGUGGCAUGGUGGAGCGGUUCCGUCCAACUGAGACAGAGCCGGGGGAGACUGGGAUCUUCUGCACUUACUGUCUCCUCUCUCCUGUACCUGCUGCUAAAUCCUGUCUCCUGUGUGAGGCUUCUCUGUGUGAUACCCACCUGAGGGGGCACUGCCAGUCAGCAGAACAUGUACUCACUGAGCCCACCGCUUCCUUUAUGGGGAGAAAAUGUUCUGUACAUCACAAGGUUCUGGAGUAUCACUGCUGUGAGGACUCUGCCUGUAUCUGUGUGUCCUGCUGCCUGGCCGGGGAGCACCGGGGCCACAGGGUGGAGCUGCUGAGUGAGGCCUCUGAGAAGAAGAAAGAGAAACUGAGGAAAGUUCUGGAGAAACUGAGCCCAGAGAGAGAGGAGACUGAGAGAGGAGCCCAGAGGCUGCAGGAGCGCAGGAGAGAAGUGGCAGAAGCGGCAGCCGGUGAGACAGAGAGAGUCACUGCCCUGUUUAGAGACAUCAGGGAAGAGCUGGAAGCCCUAGAGAAGCGACUCCUGAGUGACAUCUCCAGGCAGAAAGAGGAGCUCUCACUCACACUCACUGAGCUGAUCCAACAGCUGGAAAUAAAGAAGGACGAGCUGUCCAGGAAGAUCCGGCACAUUGAGGAGCUGUGCAACAUGGCAGAUCCACUCACUGUCCUACAGGAACAAUGGGAAUCCCAUGGGAGCAGAGAGAGAGAGGGUAUAAAGGACCCGGCUGUAGGGGAUCUGGAUGUGGGUCGGAUCUCAGAGACAUUACUCACAGGCUUAGCUGGGAUUGUGACUGGGGUAAAGGGAAGGAUCUAUGGGCAGGAGGCUACAGAGCUGGUACUGGAUAUAAACACGGCUGGGACUGGUGUAUCUGUAUCAGGGGAUGGGAAAUCUGCUUCCUACUCACAUACAGACCAGCGUCGCCCACAAACCCCAGAGAGAUUUCAGGUUUCUCAGGCUUUAAGCACCAGGAGUUUCCCCUCAGGGCGACAUUACUGGGAAGUGGAGGGCAGUGAAUCAGGGCGCUGGAGGGUAGGGGUGGCCUAUCCCAGUAUAGAGAGGGGAGGGGUUCAGGCCUACAUUGGGGAGAAUAACAAGUCCUGGGGUUUGUACAGAUGGAAUAAUAACUAUACAGUGAUACAUGACAGUAAAGACACACAGUUACCCCACGUCCCUUCCUGCAGGAGAAUCAGGAUCUCAUUGGACUAUGAGGCCGGACGCCUGUCCUUUUAUGAGCUGAGUGAGCCAAUCAGGCACUUACACACCCUCACUGCCUCCUUCACUGAGCCCCUUCAUGCUGCAUUCAGGGUAGUGGGGGGAGGUGCCUGUGUGAGAACCAUUAGUUAAGGCCCCGCCCACUGCCCAGCAGGAACCCCAUUCCCAGAGCUGCCCUUAGCCCUGUGAUGCCCCUCUCCAUCUCUAUUUUAGCUGCCUGAUAGCCUUUAUUGGCCUCUUUGUACCUAAUGAAAGUCCCAGCUGCUUUUCUUCCCAAUUUCCCAACAAUCCAUUUUCCUUCUGUGCCUAACCCCAUGAGAAGCCUUUCCCAGCUGCCACAUUGCAGAGAUGCCCUUAUACUGGCACAGUGACAGCAAAAUGAAUGAAACAUUGAUAUUUACACUUUAGCACCAGUCACACAGUAGCCUAUAGGCAUUAAUUAUAAAGCAAUAGAGUAUUAUAGCGGAGAAUCAUUCCCAGUAAACAGUGGUCAACUGACCCUGGACUGGCCGUCUAUACACAAUAAACAAAAACAGUAGGUGGGGCAUCUUCACACCCAACACAAUAUUCUCCAAUAUACCACAGACACGUUACCCCCACCCAGAACCUGUUUAAAUCUUUCUCCCACUGAGUGGGGGAGUACACUCUAGAUUAUUAUACAGCAAUAUAGGAGGGAUCAUCAGUUGGUUCUGAUAGGUCCCCCUGUUACAGGCGGAGUUAGCUUGCUCAGGUUGUGAUGUUUGAUUGGUUCAGGGUACCCAAGAAAUGAGCUUGCACAGGGCUGUUUAGCCAGAAACCCACCCAGGACUGAAGAGAAGAAUCCCACCCAGGACUCUGAGUGCCUAAACACAUAAUCUUCCAUUGAAGGGGGCUAUUCUGAAGGCCAUGGGGUUCCGCCUUUGUGUAGAGGCUGCAGCUCUUCCAGAACCUCUAUUGAACUUCACCCACUAAACAAAGCUAAGCAUUUUUAUGUUUGUUUUAUUUGCUGUAGUACUGUAGCAUUGUGUGUAUUGUUUAGGAUUGCUUGUUGGUUGCCAUUUUGUUUAGUAAAGUUGUGUGUGUUAUAA